GGGUGUUCGUCGGCGAUGGCGGCGAGCGGCGGGCGGCGGAGGUCGGAUUUCCUGCCGCUGCUGCUCCUUCUCCUCCUCCUCUCCCCGGCGGCCCCGAUGGAGGAGGGGGAGGAGGGGGAGAAGGACGCGGCCCACCGCCUCAGGGAGCCUGAGCAGCCCCGGCCCCAGCCGCAGCCCCUGCCUCUGGGGGCCCGGGGACCCGACCACGGCCGGCCGGAGAAAGGACCGACACCUGCCGCCGCAGUUCAUAUCAACAGCGAGGACCCGGCUGCCCAGACCAAUUUGGGAUUCAUCCACGCCUUUGUGGCUGCCAUAUCGGUCAUCAUCGUGUCCGAAUUGGGAGAUAAGACAUUUUUCAUAGCCGCCAUCAUGGCGAUGCGAUAUAACCGUCUGACUGUAUUGGCGGGGGCGAUGCUUGCUUUGGGACUGAUGACGUGUUUAUCUGUUUUGUUUGGCUAUGCCACCACAGUUAUUCCCAGAGUGUACACAUAUUAUGUGUCAACUGCAUUGUUUGCAAUUUUUGGUAUCAGAAUGCUUCGGGAAGGUUUGAAGAUGAGCCCAGAUGAGGGUCAGGAGGAGCUGGAAGAAGUGCAAGCGGAAAUCAAGAAAAAGGAUGAAGAACUCCAAAGAACCAAACUUUUAAACGGGCCGGGAGAUGUGGAAACGGGGACAAGCACAGCUAUACCGCAGAAAAAAUGGCUGCAUUUCAUUUCUCCCAUCUUUGUUCAAGCCCUGACGUUAACAUUCUUGGCCGAAUGGGGUGACCGCUCUCAACUCACUACAAUUGUUUUGGCAGCUAGAGAGGAUCCCUACGGCGUGGCUGUGGGCGGAACCGUGGGACACAGUUUAUGCACUGGAUUGGCAGUGAUCGGAGGGAGAAUGAUAGCCCAGAAAAUCUCCGUCCGCACUGUGACCAUCAUCGGAGGCAUCGUGUUUUUGGCAUUUGCUUUCUCCGCCCUCUUCAUCAGCCCUGACUCUGGUUUUUAAGGAGAUGACUCUUCCACGGGACCGGGCCCCCAGGCCCCUUCUGUACAUAGUAGAGCGGGCACCGGCCGGACAGCGCUCUCCUGCCUUGGGCAGCAUUGACCCGCGGGUGCAGCUGGCUGGCGCCGGAGAGGGAGGGUCAGGCCGCUCCUCCCAGGGCAGCUGCGCCCGGGUUCUUCUCCGGGCCUCGGCCGAGCCGCUUGCCCGCCUUUCCUCGCCUCCUCUCCCCAUUGGUAAUGGGACGGCCACUUAGUUUUCAGCCUGCGAAAAGACACUCCCUUCCACCCCACCCCCUCCCCGUCUUUGCCCAGGCCGGGACCUCUCUUUCAGGCCGGACGGGCCGGCCGGGAGCCCCGGUCCGACAAGAGCGCGCCCGCCUGCCUUUGGGCUGCUUCGGUGGGGCACCGAGCGCUGUGGGGCCGGUUCUCCUAAAUCACAGGGGGGCUUGAUUCUCCCACACUCCGUCGAGCCAAAGAACAUCGCCCCCGCUUAAGGCGGUCAUCUAUAAACUCACCCUGCCCUAGCAGUGGCGUCACCGCUCGCCGUCGGCAGCCGGCUCCCGGCCCGUUCCUUUCUCUCUAGGGGGUGGGACGCUCGCAAUGGACGGUAAUGGUCAAUAUUUGACAGUACGGGAUUAGUUUUCUCUUUCGCGAACUGUACCAGGGAACUAAUGUAAAUAAAGUAGUGGUGUGGA